UGGUGAGUGGCCUCGGCAGUUGGCAGACGAUCUUGGAGUGACAAGUACGAGUAGGACUCGGUCUGUGCCAGAAGGACACUCUCGAGUUGACCCGUGGUCCGGCCGUUCUCUUGUUAGUUAGCUGGUGUGUGUGCCCUCGCUAUCCACAUCUCUGCUCCACCCCAGGGGCGUUCCACGGCCCAGAUUUCCUCACAUCGGGACGGCCACCCAAGUCUGGGCGUGUGCUUGAGUGAGUGAUUGGAGUGAGUGAUUGUGAGAGAUUAGGUGAUCCUCCAACCUCUCCGACCCACGGCAACUUCAUAUACUUGUUCAGCCUCGUCCUCAGUUGCUUCGAGCAGUAUGUCUUCAACCUCUUCCAACAACAACGCCUCCUCUUCCUCCAAUACGGGGGGCGGGGCCAACAACGGGGCGUCUAACACCACAACGGGGUCCGGGGCCAACAAUGCUUCGACCUCCCCUACAUCCUCCUCCUCGGCAUCCGCCCCCAAAGUAUCGACCACGGAGCGGGUCACCAAAAGCGUGCCAUUUCCCCCGUCAAAUAAGCUCACGAUCUCCGAGGUGUUCGAUUCUCGCACGAACAAGCCCCGACCUGAGGUUCUCAAGCAGCAUUUCAUAUUGGAAGGACGCAUUGACGAAUCCGCGGCACUCAAAAUCAUCAAUGAAGGCGCGACCUUGCUCAGACAAGAAAAGACCAUGAUUGAAAUUGAGGCCCCAGUCACAGUUUGUGGUGAUAUUCAUGGUCAAUUUUACGAUUUAAUGAAGCUCUUCGAGGUGGGCGGACCUCCGGCUACCACGAAAUACCUAUUCCUCGGUGAUUACGUCGACCGGGGUUACUUCAGCAUAGAGUGUGUUAUCUAUUUGUGGGCCUUGAAGCUGGUGUAUCCAAACACAUUGUUUCUGCUCAGGGGAAAUCACGAGUGCCGACAUCUAACAGAGUACUUCACUUUCAAGCAAGAGUGCAAGAUCAAGUACACAGAGCGAGUGUAUGAUGCUUGUAUGGAAGCGUUUGAUUGCCUCCCUCUGGCAGCGCUUAUGAACCAGCAGUUCUUGUGUGUCCAUGGAGGACUCUCGCCAGAAAUUCACAACUUAGAUGACAUUAGAAAGCUGGAUCGCUUCAAGGAACCCCCAGCGUUUGGUCCCAUGUGUGACUUGCUGUGGUCAGAUCCGUUGGAAGAUUUCGGCAACGAGAAGAACGCCGAACAUUUCUCUCAUAACUCAGUCCGAGGGUGCUCAUACUUUUACAGUUAUGCGGCGAGCUGUGAUUUCCUUCAGCAAAACAAUCUACUCUCCAUCAUCCGUGCUCAUGAGGCCCAGGAUGCCGGCUACCGUAUGUACAGAAAGAGUCAAACCACCGGGUUUCCCUCGCUUAUUACCAUCUUCUCAGCGCCCAAUUACUUGGAUGUCUACAAUAACAAGGCUGCCGUGCUGAAGUAUGAAAACAACGUCAUGAACAUCCGCCAGUUCAACUGCUCACCUCAUCCGUAUUGGUUGCCCAAUUUCAUGGAUGUCUUCACCUGGAGUUUGCCCUUCGUCGGAGAAAAAGUCACUGAAAUGUUGGUGAACAUACUCAAUAUUUGCUCGGAUGAUGAACUCAUGUCGGAUCCCGAGGAUGCUAAUGAGACCGAAAGCGAAUAUAUAUCCAAAGUCUGUGAUGCCAUUAACUGGAGUGGGGGCGUGGCUGGAGGGCGGAAGAAGUCCGAUGCUGGUCAAGCCAAUGAGAGGAAGGAAGUUAUUCGGAACAAAAUCCGCGCCAUUGGAAAAAUGGCCCGCGUCUUCUCUGUGCUCAGAGAGGAAUCAGAGUCUGUCCUUCAGCUCAAGGGGCUCACGCCCACCGGAGCAUUGCCCUUGGGAGCAUUGUCUGGAGGAAAAGCGUCGUUGAACAACGCUCUUCAAGGAUUCUCGCCGAAUCACAAAAUCACAUCCUUUGCGGAGGCUAAGGGCUUGGACUUGCCAAACGAGCGAAUGCCUCCCCGUAAGGAUGCUCCUGCAACCCCGGAAGAGCCAGCCAAGGCUAACAAUAAUAGUCAUGCAGCUGCCAAGUAAGCUGCAGGUAGAUAGCAGGCGCACCUGCAACUUGGCACAAGGAGAAGCCACCGGCCGGACUGCAAAUGCCAAAACUUUUUCUUGUUUCCUUCACCGCAAAUUUUUCCAAAAAAAACAACUACUACUAGUACUACUACUACAACAACAACAAUACUAUUACCAUUACCGCUACUGCUACUACUACUAUUUCAACUUCUAUUACCACGAUGAGUGAUCGUUUUUUGUUGUAUGUGGCCGGUUAUUGGUGACCCUGCAGGUUUCCCCCUUCUUUUUCCUCCAUCGCAGCAGGUGCACCAUCUGGCGGAAUGUAUGAGUAUGAGACUUAAAACUUGAUAUUUGCACCCUAUUGGGCAUAGUUCCUGGAUUUUUCCGCUGUUUUUUUUUGUUUCGGAUCCUGUCAAGUCAAUCAAAGCCGGUAAUUCCUUUCCACCUUUGGAUGUCGCCCUCCCCUACAAACUAAGACCCAUUCACUUCUGUACUUAUUGCAACAAACUGAACUAAAAACAUCCGGUAUUACCUUUGAUGACAAGACCUCUCGUUCAUUAUUCAAUGAUUAUCUACAUGUGAAUGUGGGCUUUGUCUUCAUUGCGAAAGAACGCCACCAUGAAAGAAGAUGAAAACAAGAUUUUUAAUAAAACAUUUCGAAAAAUAAUUCUGGUUGUGACCCUGUCCUUAUUCUACUUCAUUCUAAGCAAACAAAACAGCUGGUAUUCUCCUCUUUGUUACUAUAAAUUAUCCUCUACUUCCUCCUCUUUGUCCUACAAUUUGCAUGAGGAUUGCAAUUGCAACUACACCAUACCAACAGCAACAAAUUUAUUAUCCCAAAUUAUCUCGAAAUUAGCAAAAAAUCCCAUCCAAUCUCGAAAAUCAUCAUUGUGCACAAAACUAUCCAGAUCUAUCGUAGAUGUAGACCAGGCGCAAUUCUUGAUUUCCGCCCAUGAAACUAUCCCCCCCUUAUCAUGUACAACCACUUUUCAUCUUGAAAAGAAAAAAUACCCCUAUUAUUCUAAUUAUUAUUGCCAUUAUUAACAUCAUUAUUACAUUUGCUUACUUAUUAUACCAUGGUGCCAUCAAAACUCGAUGUGUUUCCCUCGUGAUUUGUUCUGUUUCGUUCUUACAGCGACACUUCUGGUGAAGUUCCGUGAGUGUGGCCAAAGUUCUUGCUCUGAAUUGAAUUGUUUCUUGCCCCCUCUAGCGCCAUUUGACUGAAUCUUGCUUGUUUUGCUCUCGUGGAGACGCUUCAUUCGUUCCUUGGGAUGUGGUUUUGUUAUCCUUGAUAUUGUUUAGAGUUGAUUUCUUCGAACACAACAAAUGAUUUUAUUCUUAUUACUAGCAUUAUUCUACUUUCACCUGCUCCUCCUCCAGUUAUGACCCUUCAUCAAGAACAGCAUUCUGAAAUAAUGAAGAUAUCUCUUUCCCUGCCCUGUCUCCUCCGUAUGUGAUAGGAGUUUUGUUGAUUUCAGGAAAAACCAUAAUUACAUGAAAUAAAAUAUUUGAUGUCCGA